AUGGAGAGCAAAAACGAUUCGAUGGUUAUUGAUGUCCUUGCGGAGGAAAACUUCACCUUGACGGAUGGCGGUUGCACCAACGAGUUGCCUACUGUCCAGGAAUAUCUCGAUGGUUUAACACUCCCGCUUGCGAUUAUUAUCGGUACAACCGUUCUGCUGAGUAUUGCUACCUUUAGUAUCUUCUUUAAGAAUGCCUACCACAUCCUGCAUCGAACGCCAAAACAGUUUAAAACCAAAUCGAUACUGUUGCUAACUAUUUACCCGCUAGUAACCCUGUUCGGUGUAGUGUCCAUAUCCGUCCCGCGUGCUUUCUUCCUAUGCGACACGGUCAUGCACGUUUACUUCAUGAUCUGUGCAUACGUUUUCUUUAGCUUAUGCAUGCAAUACGUCGAUGGGGAAGAUGCGCUCAUUAAAUCGACCGAUUCGCAAACCUUUUCCCUGCGCACUCCACCGUUGUGCUGUUUUGUGCCACUAUUCAAACGAGCCCCCGUGACAAAAAAUCGAUUACGCUUUGUGCGUAUGCUUAUCAUGCAGCUUCCGGUCGUUCAAACCGCUCUCUUCCUUGCUCUGAAUGUCGUUUUUGUGGAGGAUUAUCCUAAUUUCAACCGCAUCAUUCUGUACUUUGUGCCAUUGAUCGUCAUCUCUAUACUGCUCGGUGUGUGGGGAUUGAACAUUCUCGUGCGAAUGCUUGCCCCACUCUAUUCGGACCUUAAACUGAUGGGUAAAUAUUUUGUGUUGCAAGCAGUGCUUAUACUUUGCCGGAUACAACCGCUCAUAAUAGCGGGCAUCGUGAGCAGCAGUAUUAACGAUUGUGUCUUUCCCAUCACACUGCAGGUGCAGAAAAAUGCAAUUUUCCAACUGUGUUUGAGCUUCGAAAUGAUGGUACUAUCUUGCUGGGCAUCUCUGCUUUACAAAUCGCCCUCCAUUAUUGGACCCGGUUAGACAAGCGAAGUGCGCCAGGUAACGCUUGAAGCUGGUUCCU